AUGCGGAGUUCAAGCACCUCGCUGGGUGGCCGUGACCUCGAGGAACAAAGCUUCCCGAAACAGACGCAAAGACAAAGAAUGUCCGGUCGUUCGCGUCGUGGAGGGAAUCUCUUAAAGACUACCAUAAUCGCGAAACGCCGUCGCUCGUGGCUCGGACGGGCCGCCGCGGCGCAGUGGAUCCGGUUUGGCGUCAGGUCCGCUGAGGUCGAAAAAACGUCUGGCGGCGGUCUGGGCAGGGACAAGGCCGCGGCACACGCUUCCCAGAAGGGCGACCUGGCCGCAAGUCCGGACCCGCGACAAAUCGACCUCAAACGUCACGGUUCAAGCCCUGGAGGCAGCGGAACUUUGACCCGAAAAAUAGUCCCUAGGUCUAGUUGCCAAAGGUCAAGCAAGGUUCUGUCGUUGCACCAGUGCAUUCAUUCGCCCACGUACGAGAUAACGGAGAGCCACUAUAUGCCCUCGGAUGGCAGGAAUUAU